UGGCUUCGAGAUUUUUGUAUUGUUUAUAAUUUCGGUGUCAUCUCUCGACUAGUUGAUGGAACACCUGUAGUGCAUUUUAAUGAGGUUGUUGUUGAAUAGUAGACGUGAUUUUUGAAGGAUUCAACGUCCGUCUAGAAAACAAUAGAUUUUGGGGGUUGAUUAGUUUGUACAGAGACGUUCAGUCGAAAUUAUUCGCCAGUUCGAUUUUGUCGAGGUUUUUUAAAACUUGUGAGCUGCCGAUCGGAGAUUCAUUACAGGACAAAAAGAUGCAGCGAAUUGAUUUUAGCCAACCCAAGUGGGAUCAGAGCACAUUUUCAGGAAGGCUGAAGCAUUUCUUUUGGGUUACUGAUCCAAGAUCUUGUGUUGUUUCAAGCGAGCAACUCUAUGAAGCCAAAACCUUGGUCGAGAAAUACAAGAAUCACCGAGAACCACCAGGAACUACAACUGAACAAGUUUGGUAUGCAAGGAAACUCUACGAAUCUGCUUUUCACCCUGACUCUGGUGAACUUCAGAAUUUCUGCGGUAGAAUGUCUUUCCAAGUUCCAGGGGGUAUGCUCAUCACUGGCUUCAUGUUGCAGUUUUACAGGACUGUCCCUGCUGUGGUGUUUUGGCAGUGGGUCAACCAAUCCUUCAACGCUCUAGUGAAUUACACCAACCGUAACGCCAAGUCAGAAGUCUCGUCGACCCAGUUGGGCGUGGCAUACGUUUCGGCGACAACAUCCGCGUUGGUUACCGCCCUUGGUCUCAAGACCUUCUUGGAAAAGAGAGCCGGAAGUCUUCUACAGCGCUAUGUUCCAUUUGCUGCCGUAGCCGCUGCCAAUUGCGUAAAUAUUCCACUGAUGCGUCAGUCGGAAUUAAUUAACGGCAUCGUCGUUUACGACGAAAAUGGAAACGCUGUCACCGAAUCUCGCCUGGCCGCUGCUAAAGGAAUCACGCAAGUUGUAAUCUCACGAAUCGCUAUGGCAGCUCCUGGAAUGACUUUACUGCCCCUCGUGAUGGAAAAAUUGGAGAGCUAUUCUUGGAUGCAACGAAUUAAAUUCUUACAUGCGCCUUUUCAGAUCGUCGCCUGCGGAGCAAUUCUCACCUUCAUGACUCCCGCCGCUUGCGCCCUCUUCCCUCAAAGAUGCUCUUUGGACGUCUCAACGCUGGCCUGUUUCGAGCCGGAACAAUACGAAAAACUCAAAAAGACUGUUGGCGAAGGCUCAAUCUCUAAAGUCUAUUUCAAUAAGGGCUUGUGAUCAGCUGGAAAGUAGUAACGGCUUGUAAGUUGGGUGCUAAUCACAUAUCAAUGAUCUGAUCGACAAUCGGGAUUAACUGUCUUAAAAACGCACAAAAAAUCCUAUUCAAUAGUUUAAGUUGUCCGUUCUAAAUGUUAGACGUUAUUUAAAUUCAAAGGUUAAAUUCAGCUAAAAGCCAACAGGUAUGUCGUUACGAUUUUAUAGCUGUACUGUGUCUUAGUCAAUAUAUAUGUUACCGCCGUUGAGGCGAUUCGUUAACCUAAA